AUGUUUCACUCCCAUUCCCACUCUAAGGAUCUAGCCUACUUCGAUAUCCGCUUAAAGGGCAGCCACAAGAACACCAUUUUGGUGAAAGGAAAUGAGUUCGAAGUGGAAAACAUCCCGAUCGAAGGCCAUGUUAAAAUUUCCACAAAGGAAGAUCUCCACAUCAAAAGAAUCUCGCUUCUGUUGGUGGGUGAGUUCACCACCGAGUACUAUCCCAAAUCUAAUGAAUACAUAAUGAACCAGGCGGUGGAGAGAAACUGCGUCUUGAAAGUUUUUUGGAACAACUUGCUCUGUUCGCCGCAGGGUGAACUUGUCUUUGGCGACUUUGGCGAUCUGAUUGCGAAAUAUCACAAGGUCGUUAAUCGAGGCAGAAAAUCGAGAGACAAUUCCCAAUGGAAUCUCCUGGUGCUGUCUCCCAGAACACCCGGAGGAAGUCUGCCUGAUCCCGAGGCUCUCAACAGAAGCAUUUUAAAUUUGGCAAAUGGCAAUGGAAGAGCCUCGUCGCCUAUGCGUGGAAAUGGUGCCCGGUUUGAUAUCUCCAGUCCUAGUGGCCUAGAUUCGGGAGAAAACUCGUCUGCAAAUUUGACGGACUACUUUGCCAGUGCCACUAAUGGUUCUAAUACGCCCAAAAGUAAUUCCAGACCCGCAUUUUUGAGAACAAAGUCUCAUCCCACGGUAUUCAAGAACCAUGAGAAAUCCCUUAUAUCGAUUCCCCGUUCGGGCAUAGAUGGAACACCAUUUCCUGCGGCUGCAUUGUCUAAGAGUGACAGUCACUCAUUUCUUCUUCCAGAGGGAAAUUACUCGAUGCCAUUCUUUAUCCACCUACCAUCCAAUAUUCCCGAAUCAGUUGAGGGUUUAUCGUGCGGCAAAAUUAGAUACAAAUUGGAGUGUAACAUAGAGCGCGGCAGAUUCGAGCGUUCUUUCAAGAAAGCAAACCAUGUUAUCAUAGCAAGAACUCUCAGUUCCCGAAACGUCAAUCUCACAGAUUCGAUCGAUUUCUCGAACACCUGGCCUGGAAAAUUAGAUUUCCAAGUCUCCAUGACUCGCAGAGCUGUAGCCCUUGGCACCGCAGUUCCUGUUAAGUUGGUGAUUGUGCCUUUAAUCAAAGGUCUCAAAUUCCACUCAUUUUCCGCUGAGUUGGUGCAGCAUUCGCAUGUGACUGGACUCGCUGGUAAAUCUUCCGAAUAUGAGGAUAUUAUUGAUAAGCAAAAGCUCAAUUGCCACGAGCCAUUCUUUGGCGAAGAUCAUUGGAAGCUCCAAGGCUAUUAUCAUCUUCCAAAUUCGCUUUCCAAGGCGACGCAGACAUGCACAUUGAAAAACGACAUCAUCAGUGUCAAACAUGCUAUUAGAGCAAUUAUUCAUAUUCGCAAUGCUGAUGGGCAUAUUUCAGAACUCAGAGCACAUUUGCCGGUCAAUGUAUUUCUCAGUCCAACUCAUGGCCACGUUACUGCUACCCAUUUAGAGGUUGACAGCCACGGCUACUUCACCGCAGACAACACCGGUAACAGGCAAGACCUUCUAUUUCCCUCGAGAGAGCUAGAGACCCCCAACGAUAGCGGGAACGAUUCCGACGCCUCUGAAGAACCUGAGUUCUCCGAUACUGAAGAUGCCCCUCCAUUAUAUCAGCAACAUUCGAAAGACUUGCUAUAUGACCAAUCUUCAGGUCAAUCUGUAUUAGAACAACUUCGUCAAAAUGGUUCUCUAGCUGCUCUUGUGUCACUGAGUGAUAGAGAGGGCCCCAAAUCAGGCCUGAACUCAAGAGUGGGCUCACCAGCAAUAAACUUGCUGCAGUUGCUGUCUAUUCCUUGCUAUGAAGAUGCUUUAGAAGGUGAUUCUGAUGACAAUGGGGAAGGUCCUGCGCCAGAUUAUGAAUAUGAUCUGAGCACCCCUAGAAGCUUGAGUUUCGGAAACCUCAAAAGGCCAGACUACUCUAGUAGAAGUGCAAGUACGUCUGAUAUUUUGCUUGCUAGAGAUCGACACGCAAAAAAGAAAUUUUUCUUUCAUAAAUGA